AUGAGGAAGAAUGGAAGAAGGCCUAUUAUUGAUCUGAAUUACCCUCCUCCUCCUCAAGAAUCAGAAUUGUCUUCUCCUCUUUAUCAUCAUGAUAAGAAGAGGGUGAAGGAUGAAAGAAAGUAUCUUCCUGACCUCAAUUACCCUCCUCGUCAAGAAUCAGAAUCAUCUCCUCAUACUCAUGAUAAGUGGGUGAAGUAUGAAAGAAAGCUUCUUCCUGAUCUCAAUUAUCCUCCUCCUCCUGAAGAAUUAGAAUCAUCUUCUUCUUCAUUUCCUCACAAUUACCUUAAGCUUCCGGAGAUUGCUCAUCAACCCACUGCUGCUGCUUCUGCUUCUUCCUCUAAGAAGCGUAAGAUGAGAGAGAGUGAGAGUAACUUUCACUGGUUGAAAGCAUGCUGUAACAUGAUCAUAAAUUAUAUCAUGUCCAUUUUCAAGAAGAAGAACAACAAGAAGGAUGACUAGUCUGCACAAUCACUCCAACCCUCUCUUGAAAAGCUAUUCCACAACAAUGUUAUAUGUAUUUCAGUUAUGGUUUAAGCUUCUAUCUUUUGCUUUCUGUUCUAUCAGUUUGUGUUGUAUUACUGUGUUGAAAGAGCACGGCUGUUGUGUGUUAUA